AGCAGCGGCGGCGCGCCCGGCUCCUCGCGGCCGCGCAGCUCGGUGCUGCAGGUCGGCGCGCGCAAGCUGCUCCGCAAGGUGAAGACGCCGGUCGAGCUGGCCAAGCGGCAAAAGGGCGUCGCGCGGUACGUCGACCCGUCGAUGCUGCGUGUGACCGCGAUCCGCUCGUGCGCGAUCGACAAGGCCAACGGCCCGUGGCCCAUCCCGAUCAUCUCGGCGUCGGAGGACCGCAUGGCGGCCGUCGAGCAGUACGGCCUCGGCGAGGACGGGCCGCCGCACGAGCUGUUUGCGAGGCGGCUGGCGCGCGUGUACCCGGCGGGCACGCGCAUGGUGUCGCUCAACUACCAGACGAACGACACGCCCGUCCAGAUCAGCCGCGCCCUCUUCGCGCUCGACAACGGGUUCGGCUGCCUGCACGCCAUCGGCGGCUUCUGCUGCGUCAGCCGCACGCUGCCCCUGCCCGCGCGCCCGGCGCAGCGAGCCACCGUCUCCGCCUCCGCCGCCGGCAAGUCGGCGCGCCACUCCACGCUCCACUGCCUCGCCGCCGAGCCGCGCGCGACCGUGCUGCGCGCGUGCGUGCACGACGGCGAGACAGUCGUGGCGUACGAGGCGGUCGUGCUGGGCGCGCUCCGGCCCGGCUACCGCUCGCUCUCGCUGCGCAGCCGCCUCGGCACGCAGAUCCGGCUCUGCUCGCUGCUGGGGUUUAUUGGGGGGGCCAACCUGCAUGCGGUUAAGCGUGCGGAGUAA